AUGGGAGCAGCUCUAAGUUGUCUUGCUUUGCCUGCUUUAUCAACUGUAGGCACAUGGAUUACAGGUUGCUUUUCUGCUGCAGCUUGUUCACUCGCCUUUAAAAGUUGUAACUGUAAUAACUCGAUAGCCACCCGUAUUGGUUAUGCUAUUAUCUUUUUAUUCAACUCGAUUCUUGCAUGGCUGAUGCUAUCCAAUUGGGCCAUCAAGAAAUUGGAACACCUUACAUUGGAUUACAUGAAAUUAGACUGUGCAGAGGGCAGUUGCUAUGGUGUCAUGGGGGUGCAUCGAGUCUCCUUUGCGCUGGUCUUGUUUCAUGCGAUACUGGGCUGCUUGUUGAUAGGUGUGCACGACAGUCGACAGAAGAGAGCAGCUAUACAGAAUGGAUGGUGGGGACCCAAGAUACUCGUGUGGAUCAUUUUGCUCGUCAUUUCCUUCUUCAUCCCCAGUGGGUUCUUUAUGGUGUGGGGAAAUUACUUUGCCCUGUUUGGAGCAGCUGUUUUCAUUCUCUUUGGCUUGGUGCUGUUGGUGGAUUUUGCUCAUAGCUGGACAGAACGAUGCAUGGAAAACUACGAGAUGAAUGAUUCGAAUCUGUGGAAAAACAUCUUGAUUAUCGGCACAUUAUUAAUGUUUGCUGGUGCCAUCACAUUGACGGGAAUCAUGUAUGGAUUUUUUGCUACCAACGGUUGUUCCCUGAAUCAGUUCUUUGUCACCUUGAAUCUGGUCUUGUGUGUUUUGGUCACCUUGCUCUGUGUAUCUCCUCGCAUUCAAGAAGGCAACUCAAGGUCCGGUCUCUCUCAAGCGUCCAUUGUUGUCAUUUACUGCACAUAUCUUGUACUUUCUGCUGUUGCUAAUGAGCCCAAUGACAAGGAAUGCAACCCUCUGCGUAAAUCCAUUGGCCCUCAAACCACAUCGGUCGUCUUGGGCGCUGUGUUCACCUUCUUGGCUGUUGCUUACUCGACAAGUCGCGCAGCAACACAGGAUGGUGCGUUCAUUAGCAAGUCUGCAGGUAGGCCCAGACUCAAUGACUAUGAGCCCUUGGAUACAUCCAGCGCUGUUCCAUUAAUGGCUAACCAAGUAGAGGCCGGAGCUCAACGUAUGAGUACUCAAGGCACUGCGAGAGAACAUUUGAUUGCAGCUGUGGAAGCAGGUGCUUUGCCUCGUUCGGUCUUGUAUGAGGAUGAUGAUGACGAUGAAAUGGAUAGCAAUGUCGAUGAUAAAGACGAUGAGCGAUUUGGAUCUCUGUACAGCUACUCGUUCUUCCACUUUGUGUUCGCCAUUGCUGCCAUGUAUGUGUCAAUGGUUCUGACCAACUGGAACACAAUUCAGUUCAAGGAUGGUGUUGGCCAUGACGGAGGCGAUCUGGUCCGCAUUGGACAAAGUUAUACAGCUGUCUGGGUCAAGAUUGUAUCAGGAUGGAUCUGUCAUCUCAUCUACAUGUGGUCUCUGAUUGCACCUGUUUUGAUGCCUGACAGGUUUGACGAUUAUUAA